AUGAAGGGCCUCAAGCGGUUCACGGCCUACUUCCGCAUGCUCGUUGCCGCAAACCCGUCCAAAUCAGAGCUUUGCAUGUUGGGAGUAGGCAUAGUCAGUGCAAUCGCAUCUGGCGUCCCGUUCCCAAUUAUCGGAAUUGUCUUCGGUAAACUACUCGAUGAAUUCAACUCUGUGACUUGCAAUGCGCGGGAUGGAUCCGCUACAACGAGCUCCAACUCCGAGUCUCAGCAUGAAAUCAACAAAAACAUCCUGUUGAUUGUGUAUCUGGCCAUUGCACAGUUUGUCACAAUCUACAUACACCUCACAUGCUGGACCAUGAGUGGUGCGCGCUUGGCGCAGAGACUGCGAGAGACUUACUUGAAGAGUCUGCUUCGACAGGAACCAACUUAUUUUGACAACCUGCCAGCUGGUGAGGUCGCCUCUCGACUAAAUAGCGAUAUCCAAACAAUUCGAUCCGGCUCGUCUGAGAAAGUGGGAAUCGUCCUCUCGAGUAUCGCAUUUUUUGUGACGGCCUAUAUUGUUGCUUUUAUCAAGGAUUGGAAGCUUGCUGCAGAGCUCCUCUCAUUGGUCCCAGCUUACUUUAUUAUGUCUUUUGUUGGAAGCUAUUAUAUUGAGAAACAUGCUGGCCGCAUGUCCGAUUUUGCUGCCAGUGCUGCUUCGAUUGCUUCGGAAGCGCUCUCCAAUAUUGUUGUGGUGCAAGCUUUUGGUGCAAACACUCGGUUGGAGCAAAAGUUCUCCACAGCGCUGAAGUCGUCUGAAACCGAAGGUUUGAAGAAGGCAUUAGCUGUCGGUAUUCAAGCUGGUGUCCUGUACUUUGUAGCUUAUGGUGCAAAUGGCUUGGCCUUUUGGCAAGGAAGUCAUACUGUCGCCCACUCGGUGGAGACAGGCACUGCAGGAGUCACAGUAGGCGCUACAUUCACGGUCAUUUUCAUCUUAGUUGAAGCUACUCUACUUCUCAGUCAAGUCGCACCAUUUUUGCAUCUAUUCGUUCAAGCCGUCGCAUCAUACUCAAAACUCCAAGAGGAUAUUGAGCGAGAGCCCUUGAUUGAUGCUACUAGCACCGCUGGAAUUCGUCUAUCUCAGGUGGAAGGUGGCUUCGGUUUCGAGAAUGUCUCCUUUACAUAUCCUUCCCGACCAGAGAUCACUGUGCUUGACCAGGUCAGCUUUAGCAUCCCAGCAAACAAACACACUGCUCUAGUCGGGCUUUCUGGAAGUGGAAAGUCGACUAUUGCUGGCUUGGUGACAAGACUGUACGAUCCAACAAUUGGAAGAGUCACCUUUGGAGGACACGAUAUUCGCGACGUUAAUGUGCGGGACUUGAGAAGUUUCCUCGGUCUUGUACAGCAGGAGCCAUCCCUUCUUGACCGAUCGCUUUUGGAGAAUAUUGCAUACGGCCUAAUCAAUUCUAGUAACCCGAGUCAUAAGGAUUUGAAGGAUGUUUUCCUCCGUCCAGACCUCGAAGAGCUAGCCAAGGAUCUGAGAGAUGGCAAGGAUCUCAUGACAGAAGCUGAAAAGCGUGGUUCUGAUGUCGUCAAAAUCGUUAACUUGGUAAAGCGAGCCACAGAGCUUGCCGAUGCAGAUGGCUUCAUUUCCAGGCUGCAAUACGGACUAGGAACGAAUGUGGGCUCUAGUGGAAGAUUGAUCAGUGGUGGCCAGAAGCAGCGAAUUUCUCUUGCUCGUGCCCUAGUUAGAGAUCCGGCUGUUCUCAUCCUUGAUGAGGCCACUGCUUCUCUUGACUCUCACAGUGAGCACCGUAUUCAGAAUGCGAUUGCCAAUAUUUCAGCUGGUCGGACUGUUCUUACAAUUGCUCACCGUUUGUCAACCAUAGCCAACGCAGACAACAUCAUUGUUAUGCACAAGGGGCAUAUUAUUGAGCAGGGAGAUCAUCGAACUUUGAUGGAUAGAGAUGGAUCGUAUGCCGAGCUUGUCAAGCUCCAAACUUUGUCCCCUGAAAAGAGCGAAGCGCUGGCCAGUGCUGAUAGCAUCUCUGAAAGAAGCUCCCUGGUCGAAAACGACCUAGAAGAGAUGAGUGCUGACAUCACUGAAGAAAAGCUCCCUUCGAUUGAGUCGACUAAAGUUCCCACAGAAGAAGAGGAAGAGCCAGAGACACCUGCAAAGUCUGUCUGGGCCCUUAUAAAGGGUUAUACACCCACUCUACGCCCACACCUUUUGGUUAUUGCUCUAGCACUGAUCGGAUCGAUCAUUGUCGGUGGUGCAUUCUCAGGCGAAGCUGUGAUUUUCGGAAAUACAGUCGGUAGUCUCGAUCCCUGCAAUGCAGCAGAUUAUAUUCGCUCACAGGGUAACUUCUACGGUCUGAUGUUCUUUGUCCUUGCCAUUAUUGAGUUCUUUGCCAACAUCGUCAGCUGGACUGGGUUUGGAUGGACAUCGGAAAGAAUAGUAUACACCGUCCGAGUCUUGUCAUUCCGUUCUCUUUUCGAGCAAGACCUUCAAUGGCACCAGUCCAAGGGUCGAACACCCCCGUUGCUUCUCUCUUAUAUCACGAGAGAUGGAAAUGCACUGGCUGGAUUGAGCGGUUCCAUCAUUGGCACCCUGUUCUCCAUAUCUGUCAACCUUGUCGCUGCAAUUAUCUUGACACACAUCAUCGCUUGGAGGAUUGCGCUGGUUUGUUUGGCUUUGGUCCCGCUUCUACUCGGAGCAGGCUUGAUGGAGCUUCGAGUGCUUGGCAAAUUCGAAGAGCGCCAUGAAAAUGCGUACGCCAAUUCGGUCGAGAUAGGUGUUGAAGCAGUCACAUCCAUCAGGACAAUUGCAUCACUCUCCCUUGAGGGAGAAACACUGCGGGCUUAUCGCGAGUCAUUGAAAGGGCCGCAAAAGGAAACGCUCCAGGUCACCGUGCAAGCAAGUCUUUGGCAAGCAAUUACCUACUUCCUGGGAAACCUAGUCAAUGCGCUGGCAUAUUGGUGGGGAUCUAAGCAAAUCAUCUCAGGCAACUACACACAGACACAGUUCUUGAUUGUUGUGUUUUCUCUUUUAGUCAGUGCACUCCUCUGGAGUCAGAUGUUCGCGCUUGCCCCCGAGAUUUCUCAGGCGCGGGCAGCCAUGGCACGAAUCCUCGGCCUUAUUGAGAUGGGAUCAGACAAGAUGCAAGGCCGUGUCCCCGACCACGCGCCUGACAGAGAUGUACAGGAAGACCUUGAAAUGGUAGCUGAGUCAAAGUCUAUGCAAUUUACCGGCAAGGCUUCGAGUGUCAAGCUUUCUGAUGUCCAUUUUGCAUAUCCUGCACGCCCGGACAUGAAGGUAUUGAAUGGACUCAGUAUUAACAUUCGACCUGGUCAAUUCUGCGCACUUGUCGGUCCAAGUGGCGCCGGAAAGUCCACUAUAAUUUCACUAGCAGAGCGGCUUUACAUCCCAGAGUCCGGCUCAAUUAUCAUCGACGACGUUGACGUGACCAAGACACGUGAUGUGAGAUUCCGUGACUCCAUCGCGUUAGUUCCACAAGAAAGCGUGUUAUUCGAGGGAUCGGUAGAGUUCAACAUAGGACUCGGAGCUAUACCAGGUCAGGACGCGACGAUCGAGGAUAUAAUUGAAGCAUGCAAGCUCGCCAAUAUUCACGACACGAUUGAGGCGUUGCCAGAGGGGUACCAAACGCUCUGUGGGCCGAAUGGGAACCAAUUCUCAGGAGGCCAGAAGCAGCGAUUGUCGAUUGCUCGAGCUCUUGUCCGCAAGCCGAAGCUGCUGAUUCUGGACGAGUCUACCAGUGCUUUAGACGCAGAGUCUGAGAAAUUACUGCAAGACGGGCUGGAGAAGGCUGCCCGUGGGAUUACAGUCAUUGCGAUUGCUCAUCGUCUUCGCACUAUUGUCAAGGCUGAUGUUAUCUUCUUGAUUGAGUCAGGUCAAUGUGUGGAUUUUGGCACGCAUGCACAGUUGCUUGAAAGGUCAGAGAGCUAUCGGGCUAACGUGAUGCAUCAAACUGUGGCGACCUGA